AUGACUGUGACAUAUACUCCGGAUGUGCCGAACUGUAACUACAAAUCAAUGCUGCGGAUGAUGCUUCGAUGGAAGGCGAGCCUUUGGAAGACGGUUAUCAAAGAUCUGUUACUUUGGUUAUUCGUCUACACGAUCCUCUCAGUGAUCUAUCGCUACGCACUGCCCGAUGAAAACAAAGAGUCUGUAGAAUUUACCGUCGUUCAUUCAGUAUCAUUCGCUUUUUUGUCAACUUUUAUNUCAAAGCAACAGUCGAACUCAAGUUCAAAAAUAUUCGAAAAAGUGGUUCAUUACUGCUACAAGUUCAGUGAUUGGGUGCCACUGACAUUCAUGCUUGGCUUCUAUGUGACUCUUGUUGUAACACGAUGGUGGUCAAUCAUCAAUAAUAUUGGAUUCAUCGAUAAGUUCGUUUUCAGAAGUAUUUAUUUGGCAAUGGUCGUAACGAAUUAUAUCCAUGGAGCAGACAAACGCUCGAUAAUGUACAAACGAGCAAUCAUACGAUAUAUGUGUGUAAUGCAAGCGAUGGUAUAUCGAGCCAUAUCGCAACCGGUCAAAAACAAAUUCCCAACGCUUCAGAGUCUUGUCGAUGCGGGAUAUUUGGAGCCAAAUGAAGCAGCAAUGUUCUCAGAGAACAACUUCUUUCUAUCGGUUCACUGGGCGAUGGCACUGGCUCGCGAGGCACGUGAUGAAGGCUUAAUUGCGUCAGAUCACGCACUUCAAGACAUAUUCAAGGUUGUUGCAAUAACGGUUCGAUUUUAUUUCAUUUUGGCCUUAUUGGGACGUCAGUAUAUCAAGGGUGAACUGAAUCAGUUUCCGGUCGCCGAAGCACUGUUGAACCCAUUCGGUGAAGACGAUGAUGACUUUGAUGCGUACGCAUUCAUGCAACGAAAUCUGAAGUCGGUGAAAUUCGACACUUUUCUACGCUUUUCAAACGAUCCAUAUAGUCGAUUGACAAAAUUGCAUGAAAAAAAUGUGGAAUCUCAAUAUAUUUAUGAAGGUGGACGGGGUGGAGGAUGGAGAGAAAUUCAGAUUGCAUUGGCGGUCGUCAGUGAGGAGAAUCACACACCUCCACCACUUGGUUUCGAUAAGUUUUGGCGUGAUGAGCAUUCUGCAAAAUCAGUCAAUGAGGAAAGCUGUUACAAUAUAAGUGCAAUGGAAUCGAAAUACGAAGAAUGGUGUCAUGAUAAUACGCAGUUUUCGAGUGAUUAUAUAUGA